AUGCCUACUAAUCGUGGCACAUCAAAGUCAAAUAUUUGUCUGACUAUUACUCUAUAUAUUUUGCAAGGCAUGAAUCUUGGACUUACAAGUAGUAUACCAUUGUUUUUGAUUUAUUAUGGUGCUACAUGGAAAGAUCGAGGUACAUUUAAUUUUGCUAUGUAUCCAUUCUCAUUAAAAUUGCUUUGGGCACCAUUAAUCGAUGUGUUAUAUAUAAGGCGAUUUGGAAGACGUAAAUCAUGGUUAGUACCUAUACUAUUAAUUUCAGGUGCAGUUUUAUUCUCGAUAUCAUUCUUUAUUCAAUCAUGGAUAAUUAAUAAUCGUGUUAUAAUACUUACUAUUGUUUUCUUUAUAAUUGUUUUUCUUACUGCAUCUGAAGAUGUUUGUGUUGAUGGUUUAGCUAUUACGUUAUUUGCUGUCUCCAAUCCUCAAUGGGCAUCGACAUCUCAAGCUAUAGGACAAACAUUUGGUCGUUUUCUUGGUUCUUCGUUUCUUUUAACAUUUGAAUCAGCCAAUUUUACGAACAAAUUCAUUCGUGAACCACUUUCAUUACCUUAUCAAACAACAGGUUUAUUUUCAUUAGUACAUUUCGUACGAUUUGUAGCGGUGGCAUUUCUAAUUGUUACCGUGUGUCUUAUCAUAUUUGUACGAGAGAAAGAAGAAAAAUUGGAUGCUAAUGGUAAAAAAGCACAUGAUCUAUCUCUAAUUGAAACUUAUCUUUCAAUUAUAAAACUUUUUAAAAAGAAAUGUAUUCAAAAAAUAACUAUUGUUGCAUUGAUCUCACCGAUUGGCUUUGUCGCUAUUCAGACUAUGACUCCAUUGGCACUUAUUAGUCAAGGAGUAUCACGAGAGAAUUUAGCUCUUGUCAACAUACCAGUAACUCUUGCUGCAAUUAUUACGCCUUUGAUCAUUCGACAUACAGAGCGAGCUCUCGAUUGGUAUGCAAGAUUUUAUGUAUUAUAUCUUAUUCAUGCUCUUCCACUUGCUGUCUACGUCUACUUUACUCCUAGCAUGAUCUCAUCUGGUUAUUAUUAUCCAGUACUUAUUAUACUACUUACAAUAAGUGAAUUCAUUAGGACAUUACUAUUUGCCUCCUCUGUUGGAUUUUCUGCUUCGAUCUGUCAACCAGAUAUCGGUGGUACCUAUAUGACACUGUUAGCUACUAUAGCUAAUUUAGGUUAUGCUCUAAAUUCAUCAGCCGUUCUUUAUGCGGCCAACUUAUUGCCGAAGAAAUAUGAUUAUAUUACAGCAGUAAGCGCAAGCUCGUUUUUGGGUCUCCUAUGGUUUAGUCUUUCUUGUCGAACUUUGAAACGAUUACAAAAGCUACCCGCUUCAGAAUGGCAUAUUAAAAAAGAAGCAAAUAUAAAUGGUGCAACGACAUUAGACGAGCAAGAUCAAAAUGUAUUAUUCCUUACGCACACAGAGAAAAACUAA